GAUAAACCUCGGAGACACCUACCCUUUUAGCCCACCGUAGCACAACUUCGAUAAUGCCGCCAAUCCGAGACUACCCCCCAAAAUCCCGGAAUAACCCCCAAACAAACCCUCUCUCACUCACCAACGAGUCAUGUACCGAUAAACCCACCAUAUUCCCGUAUAGGUAUAGGCAGGCUACACCGGACCAGCCUCUAUCCCAAACAACCACCUACCCGUAAACCCAGAAAUCAGAACCAAAAAA